AUGGUGUCUGUCUCUGCCUCCGCCGAAGGCCAUCUGCUCCCGGGCCUUCCCCAUGACCUCGCGCUCGCCUGUAUGUCGCGACUCGCGCUCUGGGACUUGCCCGCCGCUCGCUGCGUGUCGCGCGGCUGGGCGGCUGCGAUCCGCAGCGCGUCGUUCGGUCGCCUGCGACGACGCGUUCGCGCGGAAGAAGGGGGAGGGAGGGGUGCGGGGCGAGGGGAGUGGUUGCGCCACCGUUGGGCGGAAGGGAGGGGGAAGGGGGUGGGGGAGGGGAAGGGAAUGGGGAAGGCGUUGGGGGAAGACGAGGGGGAGUUUCAUUCAAUGCCCAACAGUCUCUUGAGUGACUCGGAGAAACGCCUACCACCGAUGCCCUUGGGAUCUCAUCUCCCAGGCCCAGCGGGUGUGAAGGAGGGCCACUGUGAGAGCCCGGGUGCGGCUGCACUGUUGGUGGCGUGUGUGGGUGGCAGCGGUGGCGAGGGUUCAGGCAGGCAGCGACUGCAGUGGUUCGCCUGCUGCACCUGCGAAGCCUGCUACCCCAGCAGAACAGGCCACCCGUGCGCCCCUUGCGACCCAUUUGAUCCCUGCCAACCCUGCGACAGGUACGGGUCAUCGCCGGACCUCUGUGGAUUCUGCACGCCCAACGCAUUCCCCAGGUGGCGCCGCCUGCCUCCGCUUCCCCCCACCAACCCCCACUCCGACCCAGCCUGUUACGGCGCCGUCGCCGCUGCGGUUCCCGGAACCGGGAUUGCGAUCGUGGGCGGCGCGCUGCCUUCCCAGUCAGGCAGGCCGCAGCACGUGCGCCACGUGUCAGUGUUUGAUUGGCACAUGGGCGCGUGGUUUGAUGUGCAGCAGCCGUGCUUGCUGCCCAGGUUGGACCCCGUGGUGGCUGCAAUGGGUGCAAUGAGUGGGGGGGGAAGGGAUUGCCUCGUGGUUGUUGGAGGGUGUGCUGUUCCGUCAUUCCCGCGCGCGAGCGCUGCUGGUUCAUGUGCUCGCAUGCUGCCACACGCAACCCACACCUACCAAGCUCCACACGACCCGCGCAACCCGCACGACCCAGGGGUGAUGCGAGAAAUCCUCCUCCCGGACCUCCAUGCUCUCUCCUCUCUCUCCGCCCUGCUCCCUCACACCUCCUCGUCCUUCCCUCACCUCCCCUCGCUCCCCUCUCUUCAGCCUUCUCCCUUCGCCCUCUCACAGCUCCCCCACACUGUCGGCCCCGCACCACUGCAGGCACAGGCUUCAGAAAGUGUGUCGAUAGCAGCAGCGGGAGGGUUGAUGCGGCUGGUAAGUAGUGGUAACGUGGAGAGCCAGAUUGGCUGGGCAAUGGGGGCUCCAGUGGCCUUGCCUGGGAAUGGAAGGUUGCAUCACGUGCUUUCUGUUGCCAUCUAG